UCUUUGGCCCCCACUGCACUGGCUUUUGAAAACUUCGCGCCAAGUUUUGUAUCAGGCGUAGAUAACCUCAAUAUUUUCUGACAACAAUGUGCUUCAAUAAAUGAUUUGAUUUAACAAAAAAAGAUUCGAGAACGGAACAGAAGGAAAAUGCAACCGGAAAUGCUGGGAGACUUACCUUAUUGCAAGGGCUUAUGGCUCGUUAUCUCCGGCACCACCAGUCGCUGCGAGAAGGCCCUCGUGGAUGACGAAAUAAAGAACGCCACCGACCUUCUGAAAAAUGGCCUUAACUACUUCAAGAAAUUCACUGAGUCCUCUCUCCAGAAAUAUGACAAAACAAAUCCUCGUCCGAAAAUGUACGAUCUUAUCUCCAAGCUCUCGUACCUCUUGAACCUCGAUGCCAUCAUUGCCUCAGAAUUGACCCUGAACUACAUGGUCUACGAAUACCGUAGUUGCGCUGAAACGUUUGCCACCCAGCUUGCAGAUUUAACAUCUCUGAAAGUUUUCAUUGAAGAACUCUGGAAUUUUUAUUACUCAGAACGAAUAACUAUGAUAAAAUGUUUAAAAUUGAUGAUAGAGUACAGAGACAACCCCAACCACCCUUAUCAAAAAGAAUUCUCCAAGUUCUUCGAGGAGAACCCCUUGAAAAUUUUUCUUCAAUCCACCCUAGAGCAAAUAGAGCGCUUAAAGUUCACAAAUAUAGCCUCCAGGUCGCACUUGAUCACCGAAGAACACCUCCACAAGCUCUACAACAGCAAUCUAAUUGAAAUGAGAGAACUCCUCCAGAUAUCAACAAUGAUCCUGGACACAAUUCGUCCAGACACUUUCGAGAAUCUCUACUCCAGCAUCUGCGGGGAACCGCGACGUCUCUCCAGUUCCAAAAGCCACGAGGACAAGGAAAUAAUCUCCAAAAGGCUUGAAGAAAUUCGAAAAUGUCAAUCUGCCCUCCACAUUGUUAUCUUGGACAUAAAAAAACACUCUGAACUUGUUGACGAUACAAAUAUCGUUGAAACCUGGUUGAGGGAUGUGAGGAGAGGUAUGCAGGAUACUCUGGAGCAUAAAUGCCUGCGAGAGAGUUCUCCAGAGGACGGUCCAUUGCUUCUCUCUUGGAUGGUAGCAAACUAUGCUAUCGAGCCGGAAAACUCAGAGACAUUAAGCCUCUUUCGACCUUUUGGAGUUCGUGCAGUUCACCUAGACGUUUUUAGGUACCUUCAGGGUCUACUUGAGGCUGAGAUGAUUAAGGAAGAAACUCGAUAUGCACAAAUUGUUCGGGGAAGUGCUUACAAUCUCUUAUCUCUCCUCUGUUCUUUCAUGGAUGAAGAUAAACUCAGCACUUUUGAAGGGAUUUUCGAGGCAGUUGCAUCAGUUUUUCGUUUUUCAGAAAUCGCAGCUGAUUUUUGGAGAGAUAGGGAUGAAGAGAGAGGUCUUUGGCCCUUCUACCACCGAGCUGCAGCCCUCUUCCCCUAUCGAUUCGAACCAUUAACGAUAAUUGCUAUGGCCCUUGCAGCUGCAUCAUCCUCGAGUGCUCAGAAAAUAACAGAAAAACUUGAACAACUGUCCACUCUCACUCUUCAAGUUCCCAGGCAUCGCAACAGCAUCCUAUCACGAACUUCACGACUAGGGUUGACUUAUCGUCCUUAUAAAGGGGAUUGCACACUCCAUCGAAAUGAUUUCGAAAUCCCUGAGGAUUGCGAGAGGAUUGUUCUAGAUGGAGACCUUAGUGAUUCAGAGAUAAUUCUGUUUAAGAUAAAAGGGAGGUAUGGAGAUGCCUUUCAUCAUAAGAUUGAACAGCUGUUUGGACAUGCAGGUGGAGGAUUGAUGAACGUGAGUGACCUCCAAACGAGUUUAUUAGAGAACAUUGCACAAGGGUUCAAAUUAUUGAACGCUAUUCUCUCUGCAGGCUUGGAUAUCCCUCCAGGAAUGGUAAUUCCCACUGAAUUGAGUCUGGAGAUCAUCAAUAGAUUCGCUUAUCCAGUUUUACCAACAAAUCUGUACAUACUCGUUGCUUCGUGCUUGCAAGUCACCGCCAGACUGGUUCUGAAGUAUCCUGAAGACAUUUUAUCCAGGAUGAGGGUUGGGGUUUAUCCAAAGUUCAAUACUGGAUUCCAGGAUGUCAUGGAACUUUCUAAAGCAUCUUCAUUUGACGGAGGAUUGAUUGCUUCUUGGUUAUCAGGAAUUGAAACCAUUCAGCAUCAAUAUCCUGUAUUAAAUGCUUACCUAGACACUUUAUCGAAUUAUCUAGUUGCUAAACACAGUACAGAAGUCAUGGACAAUGUCGAGAUCCCAGGGAUGGUGUUUCUUCUUCAAGGAGUCCUACCAAAAUUGGACUCGUGGUAUUUUAUUUCGGAAUCAGAACGAAUUGAUCUUUGGUUCAAGUCAAUGUUCUGUAUCCAUCGAGUGCUAGAUGCCAACCUAUCGAAGGAUGAACCGAGGAAGAAAUUGCAGUUGGUGGUUGCUUACAGUCUGUUGUAUCUCGAGCCCAGACAUGCAUUGUUGAAGCUGAUUAGAACAGGAGAGAGAAAUUUGAGGAGCAAAAUGAUGAACGAAACAGACUGGAUCAGUGGGAAGGGGUUCAAGAUCAUCAAGAGUGUACAGUUGGCUCUCUCCCUGGUCAAUCGAUUAUUGAUGUUCAGAAAGAAUCUUGGAUUGAGUCAUGAUGAACGAUCUCCAUUGGAGGUGGCACUCUACACCUCUCCAUCUCUACCAAAUGCUCUUCUGAUUGUUCCAACGAUUGUUAACUAUCUUUACGUCGAAUUUAGUCCUGCGUUACAGGCAAUGGCAGUAAGAUUACUCAAAAAAUUUGCGCAGGGGUUCUCGAUGUCCCUUUUGGUCUGCAUGGGAAUGGAUGGAACGGCUGUCAGAGGAACCUUUGCCUCGAGGUUGAUGUCUCCAACGUGUUCAGUCGAAGUCAAAGUGGCUAUUCUUGAGCUAGUUGCUAUUUGUCUCGAGAAACAACCUGGGUUGACGGAGGCUCUCUUCAAUAUCAUGCAUCAGGCUGAACAGAGAAGAAUCUUCCCUAGACCUGCUGACCAAUUUCUGACAGAAGGAUGCAGUCAGUUCUUGGAUUUGUACUUGAAGAGAAUGCCCAAUGAGAAGGAAAUUGUCUGUGAUCGACUGUACGAUAAUACAAUAAAUUUGUUGAGAGCAAUGUGGUACAACAGAAACGUCAUUCUGGUAAAUUUCUUCAGGAGACGAGAGAAAUUCUGGACACAAGUGUUUUCUCCUCUCUUCAAUCCACUAAUUCGAGGAUCCAGAGGUUAUGCACACCUAAUUGACAUCGCAACGUUGGAAUUGUUUGAAUCUUUACCCACUUCAACUCCUGAGGAUGAUUUCACGAAAAACCUGGAAAAACUUCUGCAUAAAGACGAUCAUUGGGAACGCAUCAAUGAGUAUAUCUUGAUGAAUGUUCCUUCAUCCACUUCUACCACUUCAGCUAGCGAUAAACCAAAAUCUGAGCCUGAUGACAACAACGUGGAAGCACCAUUGUACGAAGCAAACAUUGAAGCUUGGUAUCACUUCAUCGUGACUCUAACAGACGCAAAAAUCUCUAGUGAAUCGCUAUCGCGGAUUGAACCUAAACGGAUUCAAUUUUUAAUGAGAUUGACGUUAGAAUCGUUGUCAUUGAAAGUUAAGAGAACUUCUGACAUUGGAGAUGCGCGGAUAACUAUGUUACUAGCUUCACUAGCACUCAGAUGUGUCUAUACUUGGAGGGAAAAGUGUAUUGAUGAUUCAGCAGUCUUCAUAGACAAGAUCGUGCAGUUGAUGGAGAAUAUAUUCCACUCGUACACUGCUUAUGGAAUCCCCUUACGGAGGAUUUUAAUUUCGUUGCUGCUGGGAUGCAUUCAGCUUGUGAAAUCAAGUUUAUCAGACGACAGAUCAAGUCUAGAAUAUCUAUUAGUCCACUCUUGCUUAUUGUCAAACAUUGAGCUUCAUAAACUAGGAGAAACAGCGAAGCAGACUAAAGAAGCUAAUUUGAACCAUGAAGAAAGAGACCGCGACCACCUGGAAAGCACAAAACCCUCGAGCCUACCGAACCCUCAUCAAGAAUGCAGUCCAGCGACCUUGGCUAUCAGUAUGGUGACGUACUUAUUGCGUUGUGAUCCCCACAAGCAAUCCCCGAAAUACGCAGGAAGGUCCAGCAGUCUUCACCUUCGUCAAAUGAUUCCAGAACUGAUGAACUGCCUUCAUGAUACUCUACAAAUUCACAAAUUCGUGGGCUUCAGUAAAGCCGCACUAGAAUUUCUAGGGACAAUUGCACGUUCUCCAUACUACAAUCCAUCUCCAAGACCUAUUGAUGAUGAGGAGUCGAUUGCAAAACUCUGGUUGGGGUUGGUUCCUCCCCAGGUCCUAGGAGGCAGCAUGUUGGAGUCUUUGUACGAUGAUAGGGCAAACGUGGGACAGUGGAGAUGUCAGGAUUGGUGGCAAAUUUAUACUCUAGGUAUUGAGUUCUUGACUGGACUCAUCACGAAUGGAUGCAACGGGGAUCAACCCAAUCUUCCUCCAACGAACAUCAGUCCAAUCAUCCUAUUCCUUGGAUCACACGAAUUUCAAUUGAUUGAAAUAGCUACCUUGUUGAGGCAUACUGCAGACCCGCUAGCUAUCGAUCUAGUUCAAUCCCUUGUGGCUUUGAUAUCUGCAUUGACAGUACAAAAAUCAAUUUGGACUAUCAUCCAGCCAAGUGUGAGAGAAGGACUCAUGAAAUGCAUGUACUUGAUUUAUGAUUCAACAGUGAAUCUCCUGCUUCGUCCUCGCAUUCUAAAGUUCAUCAUUGAUGGAGUGAGGGUGGAGAGUGCAGAGGACCUUCAUUUCUGUGAUGAAAAGCCUCCCAGUAAUGAAUUGCAGUUGCUGGUUAAUAAAUUGAUCGUCGUCAACUGGUGGUGUACUCAGUGCUUCUUGAGAUUUUCCCCUCGAUUGAAUGCUCUAGUAGAUACUAUUUAUACUCAAGACUUCUGGGAUACUCCUCUUGCUGAGAUGAAUUUUGGACCACCCCAAAUGUCGAUGAGCUCGGGUCCCAGCCUCACAUAUGGAACAAUCAUCAGUUCGACUCAAUUAUUCACACAAGCAUUGAACUCACAGUUAAUAGUGGGGUCGUCUUCGAUUAGUCAGCAGGGAGUUUCUAGGGAUGGGAUAGAUUCAGCUAAACGAGAGUGGGAGCGAGCGACCCCAGAAAACGUCAGGAAGCUUCAGCCGAAGGAUUUAAUGAGAAUUCUCAAUCCUCAGUUAUCAGGAUAUGUAUCGGGUCCUGAGGUGCUGGGACACCCUAGGCUUCUACGAAGGCCUUACGACCCUCUCAUAGUGGAAAAUACUAUCCUAUCAAGAGCAACGUCCUUCGCCCAUCACAGUGGGCGUCAUCAUUCAAAUAAAAAUGGACAGAAUUCAGGACAAAUUGGAAAUACUGGACAAUUAACGCCAUCAGGAAGGAACGAUCGAACUGAUGCCAAUCCGUGGUUCUCCUCCAUGAAUGAGAACAACUCUAGGUUAGCAUUGGAAGUGAACCUCGUUCUUGUUCUGUGUCAAACAUUGGAGGGGGUCAAGAGCCCGAGAUUAGCAUUGAGGGAUCGUCAAUUGAUUGCGAGGGAAACUGCCAAUGAGAUUGGCGUUUUCUUUGAUUUUCUAGAGCAAAGGGGGUCGGGUUUGCUCGAGUGGGCGAUUGAAGGCGUACUUGUGGGGGGUGGGCUCCAUGAUUCAAUUGUAAGAGCUGUAAAACCGAAUGUUAAAGGAGGAUCAGGUUCUCUGACAGUGAGACUUAAGGAGGGUUCCACCAUCAAUAAAGUACCCGUGGGAUCUAUCGAUCAUGAUCCUCCAGAGGCCACCAGUCGGGAAGCUAUUUCAUUGAGACUAGAAACCCGUCUUGAGGACAACAUCUUGACCACUGGAACUUUUGUUACUACAGCAACUGGAAUUCGAUUUCUGUCGUUGAUUGGAAAACUAUUCAAGUCAAUGCUGGAGUCACUCGACUCUGCUCCCUAUGGAUGAUAGAGCAUGUCGAUUGUCUUCGUAUUUUUCUAUUAAUUUGUGCUAAUGUACGCAGAACGUUUGUCAUUAGACUUCUGAAGCGAUAGAAAUAAAAAAAUGUCAACACAUUAA